CUUCAUUGCCGCCUGUUUCAUCUAAGUAUACUCCGUACUUAGUCUCUCUUCGACAUUACCGGUGACGAUGGCCGCCACGCAAAAGCUUUAUCCGCGCGGAACGGUGAAGCGUAUUGUUAAAGCUCAGUCGAAUCGCAACCUGAGCAAGAAUGCUGAUAUACUGAUCUUCUUGGACUAUAUGCUUUUCAUGCAAGAGUUGGUACGCGAAGCAUCAAUUCGUUCGCGCAAAGCUGGUGACAAAAAUAUUGGCCCAAAUUCCAUCCAAAAGGUGACCGAGAGGACACUACGAAAGUUCAAGGGUUAAUCAUACAAUGUCAUUUUAUGCACUGUACAUAUCCCUGAACUCCCUCACGGAGAACAAUGGGAGGCAGAGUCUACAUGAUACCAGGGCUGUGGUUCUAUCGUUUAGCGUUGAGCAUGGGAAUAGGUACUACUAUGGCGUUUAGUUUGCCUUCCCCCUGUUUUGUUAUAUCAAGUUCAGACAAGAAUGAGGGAUGUGGAGGCGUUACUUAGGAGUUUAUACUAUGAUACCCCAAUGUACUUGUUCUAUGACUACCUAUUCCAAUUCAUGUCAGGCACCCACGCUUCUUCCUGGUUCAAUCGGCUUUAGAGAGAAGUAAUCCCUAAACAGAUGCACAUGCAGCCCUAAGGCUGCAGCCAUUGACUCGGUAGCUGCGUGCCUACUGGCUGAGCGUUGCUUUGUUGAGCUGCACGCGAC